CCUUGCUGAUACGACAGGAAGCGCCUCCGCUUUAUUGAGCAGAGGAGAAAACGUAGACAGGCCUGAGUUAUAGCAAGUUAUUUCGCCAAAGACCUCAACAAGGGGCAUCGGAAGUAAACAAAAUAUACAUUAGUGUGAGGCUACAUGCAAAUGCAGUCUUACGGAAAACGGAUAAAUAUGAAGAGAUGAUAUUGUGUUUACAUUUUUAAUGUGUGGCAGUGGCUACUACUGGCUAGCUUGCUAAAGAAAGCGACACGGAACGUGGGUGCCAGUGUGCUGUGUGGCUGACCUCAGGAAUGUCGUGUUGACUGAACCCUUGUUGCAUUGGAUAUCAGUGAUUCUUAAUUGGCCGUAUGGGUUGUCAAUCAGCAUAUGCUUACCAGGCGAUGGCUCAGGAGGUUCAGUAUGAGCCGGUGGCCCAGAUCGGCGGCGGUGCCUAUGGGACGGUGUAUAAGGCGCGGGACCGGGAGAGCGGCCAGUUUGUGGCGCUGAAGAGCGUGCGUGUGCAGACGGACCAGGACGGCCUGCCCCUCUCCACCGUCAGGGAGGUGGCGCUGCUCAAACGCCUGGAGCAGUUCGACCAUCCCAACAUCGUCAAGCUAAUGGAUGUUUGUGCCUCCCCCCGGACGGACCAGGAGACUAAAGUCACGCUGGUGUUUGAGCAUGUGGACCAGGACCUGAAGACCUAUCUAGAGAAAGCCCCAGCUCCUGGCCUACCAGCACACACUAUUAGGGACCUGAUGAAGCAGCUGGUGAAUGGUCUGGAGUUUCUGCACUCGCAUCGUGUGGUGCACCGUGACCUGAAGCCUGAGAACAUCCUGGUGACCAGCAGGGGGCAGGUCAAGCUGGCUGACUUUGGCCUGGCGCGCAUGUACAGCUGUCACAUGGCCCUCACACCUGUGGUGGUGACGCUGUGGUAUCGCUCUCCUGAGGUCCUUCUCCAGUCCACGUAUGCCACACCUGUGGACAUAUGGAGCACGGGCUGCAUCUUCGCCGAGAUGUUCCGACGCAAACCCCUGUUUUGUGGGGAGUCUGAAGCGGACCAGCUGGGGAAGAUUUUUGAAGUGAUUGGCCUGCCAUCUGAGGAGGACUGGCCUGCGGACGUCACUCUGAAGCGCCACAACUUCAGCCCACAGAAGCCACUGCCAUUCCCAGACCACGUGCCCGAGAUCUGCAGCAAAGGUGAAGACCUGCUUAAGAAAAUGCUCUCCUUCGAUCCUCUGAGAAGAAUUUCUGCCUUAAACGCUCUCCAUCAUGACUACAUGAAAGAAGAGGACUAACGUCAUCCCGUCCUCAUUUUAAGCUAGUUUUAUUUUUGUAUUUUAAUUUUGAGAAAGACCGGUAAAGGGAUUACUUAUGUGGUUUAUUUUUUGUUGUUUUUUAUUUUUAAAGAGUUGCUCUUUAAUGGCGAUGAUGACUCCAUGGACUGCACUGCAGAGGAAUCAUCUGGGUUGCACGUCACAUCCCAACUAGUGCCAUACAUUAAGAGUCCGAUCUCUGUGGUGUCAACGUGGAUGUGUUGUGCAUUUAGCGGAGUAUUUGACGGCCCAUUCCGGAUCAAGUGAUCAGUCUUAUCUAGCUACCCCUUGCUUUCUCACAUCAUGACUGCUAUUCUGAGAUGGGACGACUGCUAUUCAUAAUUAGUGCCAUCCAUUCCGAUAAGUGCCAUAGCUGAAAUAAGAAUGCGACACGUCAGGCGAGGUUAUGAGGUUGUGGUUUUGUUUUCUUUCCUUUCCAGAAUAAGAAUAGGACAGAAAGGGGUGCUAGAGCAAAGCAAGUCACUAUAGUUUAUUUUUUGUAAAAGUGCAGACAAUUCCAAUGCAAAAUUAUGCAUCCAGCCACACUGUGACCCUAACUUUUUGAUGUUGAUAUUGUAGUCCUAACUAUUUUUUUACAUUGUUGCGGUCACGGACUGAAUCAAGAUGUGUUGGUUAGAUAGGACAGUUCUGGUCCAGUAUGGUAUGUCUGAGUGAACCAUCUUCUGGAAGUAUACCUUAUGUGCCCUGACACCAGUGGCCUUGGGAGGUUUCUGACUUCUCUUGAGUGUUGAAUGUUGUUUUGCUGUUAUCCGAUGAAGACGGAGACUUCCAGUAUCUCCAUGUUGGUGUGGUACAUCUUUAAGUGUGAAAUGGUGUUUGUGAGUUCAAAGUGUGUUUUUCGGGGGGCUGGGAAUUGUUCGUGAGUAUGUUCAUGUGAAUACACACACACACACACACCCCCUUAGUAACACGGAGAGCUCUGUGUAAUCCAGAGAGAGAGCGUUGUCCAAAAGAUUGAUAGUCGCGUGUGCAGCCUCACCAUUCGUUUUGGGUCAUUCUCUUGGUCACUGCAUCCCAUUGUGUACAGUAUAUGUGAUGGUAUAUGUGGUGACGUUCAUAAAAAGAAAGAAAACCAAAUAAAGCUGCUAUCUCACAUUAA